UCCUCUUCCUCCAGCAUUUCCAGCUCUUCGCUGGCAGACCCUGCCGUCCGUUUUCUGUCUUUUCGUUUUGUUUUUGUUGCUUUUUGAAGGAGAGUUGUCUUGUUCCGCCACCUCCAGAGCAGGGAAGAGUUUCUUGCUCAGAAGCCCGAAUACAAUGAAUUCUGACUCCAGCUCUGUCUCCAGCAGAGCUUCCUCGCCAGACAUGGAUGAGAUGUACCUGCGAGACCAUCACCACCACCACCACCAUCACCACCACCAAGACAGCCGGCUCAACUCUGUCUCCUCCACCCAGAACGACCUGGUGCAGAAGAUGUCUGGGGAAGGCCUCACCAGGAACGGUUCCAAGGCCGGAGGGGAAGGCAGCAAGUACAAAAUCAAGAAGCAGCUUUCGGAGCAGGACCUGCAGCAGCUGCGGCUGAAGAUCAACGGCCGGGAGCGUAAGAGGAUGCACGACCUCAACCUCGCCAUGGACGGACUGCGGGAGGUGAUGCCCUACGCUCACGGACCUUCCGUGAGAAAACUCUCCAAAAUCGCCACCCUCCUGCUAGCCAGAAACUAUAUCCUGAUGCUCACCAGCUCCCUGGAGGAGAUGAAGAGGCUAGUUGGGGAAAUCUACGGGGGACACCACUCGACCGUGCACCAGGUGCAUCCCAUCCUCGGCAGCGCCUUGUCCUCCGCCAACACCUCCUCCUCCCUCUCCGCCUCCCUGCCGGCCAUCGGCACCAUCCGGCCCCCACACUCCCUGCUCAAGACCCCCUCGACACCCCCCGCCCUGCAGCUCGGCAGCGGCUUCCAGCACUGGGCGGGCUUGCCGUGCCCCUGCACCAUCUGCCAGAUGCCUCCCCCGCCCCACCUCUCGGCCCUCACCGCCUCCAACAUGGCCAGGAUCUCGGGGGAGACCAAGGACCUCCUGAAAUGACUCGGCGGGGCUCCCCCGGCGCUGCCCCGGACGGAGAGGGGGCCGCGGCCGGGCCCCCCCGG